AAGUGAAGUGAGUAACAAACAAGUAAAUAUAAUAUUCACAACUCACAUCACAACUCAAGAAACCGUCCACAACAAGGUGGCACAUACCAACAUAUAACAUACAUAAAUCACACUCACAAAACAAAAUCAUCAUCAAACAAAACAAACACCAUUUUUAUUUUCUUAAUUAACAUGAGCACUCCGAGAGUACGAGGGAGAAAAAUAAGUAUAAACUUAUUAGGUGAAUUCAGUGACAGUGCAUCAUUAUCAUCAUCAUCACCAAAAGGCUUAAUGCAGAAACGUAGAAAUGUUCCAUUGAUCAUUCUACUAAGGAGAUUCCUUGGUGCAACCGUUUUUUCAAUAGCUAUAACUUGUUUCUUCUUUGUUCAUGUUCAUGUAUCCACCACUUCUCCAACUGAUCAUAAUCAAUUCAAUGAAAAGAUUCAUACGUCUCGUGACCUGCAAAGCUGGACUCGAGAGCUAGCUCCGCCCCAUUUAUCUAAGACUUCACCCUCUACUCCUAAGUUAAAUGAUUCAAGAGAGGAUCCAGAUUAUGAGAAACUGUGGAAGCCACCACCAAAUCAUGGGUUUCUACCCUGCACAAAGCCUACCCCUAAUUACACAACUCCUGAGAAUACGCGAGGUUACCUUCUAGUUCAUACAAAUGGUGGACUCAACCAAAUGCGAACCGGGAUAUGUGAUAUGGUAGCUAUAGCUCGCAUGAUAAACGCCACCCUUGUAAUUCCAGAACUUGAUAAGAAGUCAUUUUGGCAUGAUAACAGUAAUUUCUCUGAUAUCUUUGAUGAAAAGAGGUUUAUUAGUUCUCUUGCCAAUGAUAUAAAAAUCAUUAAGAAACUUCCUAAGGAUCUGGCUAAUGAAACCAAAAUGGUGAAGCAAUUCAAAAGCUGGUCUGGUAUGGAUUACUAUCAGAAUGAGAUUGCCACCCUUUGGGAUUAUUUCGAAGUUAUUAAAGCUUCCAAAUCCGAUUCUCGAUUAGCAAAUAACAAUCUACCACCGGAUAUUCAAAAACUUCGCUGUCGCACUUGUUAUGAAGCCCUUCGUUUCUCUCCUCGCAUUGAACAGAUGGGAAAAAUAUUGGUGGAGAGAAUGAGAUCAUUUGGUCCUUAUAUUGCAUUACACUUACGUUACGAGAAGGAUAUGCUUGCAUUUAGCGGAUGCACACACGGUUUAUCUACUUCAGAGGCUGAAGAACUACGGAUUAUCAGAGAGAAUACUAAUUAUUGGAAAAGAAAGCACAUUGAUCCAAAUGAAGAGAGGUCUAAAGGGUUUUGUCCCUUAACUCCAAAGGAAGUUGGAAUUUUCCUUAGUGCUCUUGGAUACCCUAGAAAGACUCCAAUAUAUAUUGCUGCAGGGGAGAUAUAUGGAGGCGAGUCGCAUAUGACUGAAUUGCUAUCGCGGUAUCCAUUUUUAAUGAGCAAGGAAAAGUUGGCAUCCGUUGCGGAGCUUGAACCAUUUUCUAAUCACGCAACUCAAAUGGCUGCUCUUGACUAUAUUGUAUCGGUUGAAAGUGAUGUAUUUGUACAUUCUUACCCCGGAAAUAUGGCUCGAGCUGUUGAAGGCCAUCGUCGUUUUCUUGGGAGAGGAAGAACCAUAUCUCCAGAUAGGAAAGCUCUUGUUCGUUUGUUUGAUAAACUGGCAAUUGGAUCAAUGGUUGAGGGGAAAAAGCUGUCCAAUAUAGUGAAUGAUCUCCACAAAGGAAGGGUUGGCUUAUUAAGGAAAAGAAAAGGGCCCAUUCAUGGAACAAAGGGUGUAGACAGGUUUCGGUCAGAAGAAACAUUUUAUGCAAAUCCUUUACCUGAUUGUCUAUGUCGGACAGAAUCACCACCUACUCAUCAUGUUAAGCAAAAUCUUUUUCCUUCAUAAGUUAAAACAUAUUUGGUGAAAGAAUGACUUAUUACACAAUCUCAAACAAAGUUCAGCUGGAAGAAGGUGUUAUAAGGACUAGUGGCCAAGUGGAUAUAUUGAGAAGGAAAAAAUGGAUUGAGAUUGACAGCUGUAGAAUAUUCAAACUGUUUAACGCAGUAAUCGAUCUCAGUCAUUGAUUUAAGAUUGGACGGUUCAUAUUUCAACUCAGUUUUACAAAAUGAAUCAAUCACAUCCAUUCAUUUUGAUCGGACGUCCGAUAGCUGUAAUUGUGACACAGUUACAGCAGGAAAUCUGAUUCCAACAAAAAUAAAACACAAUUGAUAGAUAGAAGAAAAUGCAUAAAGUUGGUAAGUGUGACAAGAUUCUUUUUGAUGGAGCUUUUGGAAGGAAUUCAAUUAUUCAUUUAUUUAUUUAUUUAUUGAGUUGAGUGAGAAUCACUUAUUUAUGUGGAAGAGUAGAGCUGUUGAAUAUGGCCAUUGGCCAGGGACUAGUUCACUUGCUUUAUUGCAAAUUUUGUUUUGUAAAUUGCAUUAUUGUAAUUCUACUUUUUGAUUAAUCCUAUGUAAUAGAUAGUUACAUAUUCUUUUGUUCCUUGGAUUUGAAGCCAACAAAAUGUUAAGCAUGAUUUUAUUUA